AUGGCACCAAAACGUAAAAGUGCUCGAAUUGCAGCACAUGCUGCUGUUCCGAAGGCUAGUUAUAAAACUAGGGAAAAUGCGGAAAUCGCGAAAUUGAAGAGGCAACUAGCAAGAAACAAGACGGAAUCCACGAAUAAAUUGAACCAAGCUAUCUCCGAUUUGAAGUUUGAGAAAGAUGAGGUACAGCGAAACAAAAUGAAACAUCAACUGGAAUUAGAAAAUAAAGAGGAGGAAAUUGCCUCACUGAAAACUGAUAUACCGGCAUUGAAAAACGAAAUUAAAGAUUUCAAGAAUUGCAAGAAUACGAAAAAAGCAAUGGAAAAGAUGCAGGCAGAGUACGAAAAGUCAGAAAAUAGCCGUAAGAGAAUGUUGGAAGCACAAUCGCUUCUGCGAGCUGAGCAAGAGAAAAAGUUCAAAGAGGCCAAGCCAUGGAGACAGCGUGAGAUUUGUACAGAGGAGUUCACCGAUACCGUCGAACGCUCUCCACGUAUUAUGUCCUGCGGACACACUUUCUGCUUCACGUGCCUUGAAAGCAUGAAACCGGGACUAUUUAUCUUCAGAACACAAAUCAGAUGCCCAACUGAUAGAAAAUACAUGUAUUGCGAAGAUGGAGAUAUUUCGAAGCUUCCCAUCAACUAUCUAGCUCUUCACAUGUGA